CGGAACGUGCUCGAGUGCCUCCAUCCUUGUGGUUUUUGGUUUUUGUGUCUCGAGCCACUCCCUCCCCCGCCCCCCGUAUUUAUACACAUAUAGAUAAAUAUAUCCCGUAUACGCCGUGUUGACACGUUGGCGGUCGCCAGUUUUCGGUUUUUAUUUAUACUCUUGUCUGUACUUUUUUCCGCGGUUAGCCGGGCAAAAAAACUUUUAGCUUUCCGCCUUUUGUCUCCGCCCCAACAAUAAUAUUUAACGGCCAGAGUGAGAGUUAAAGUUUAACUGACUGCAAACCAACUUGAAAUUAAAUCAAUUUGCCAAAGCAUCUGCAUCUGGAGUGGGGAGAACUCAAAGGCUCAGUCAAUUAAGAAUGAGCGAAAUAUUGCACAAGGCUUUCUGAGCUGCCAAGAGGUUUUUGGCCUGGCCAUCGGGUAAGGAGCUCAAUUCCGGCGGCGACGGAAAUGGCUGCUUAAGUGGUUCGCAUCCGAACCGGAACCACCGACAGCAAGUCGAGCACACAACUACCACUCAACUCAUUAGCCGCCGAGCCGUAAAGAUGGGCAACUUGAGCUGGAUGAGCAGCAGCAGCAGCACCACCACCACCACCACGCAGUUGCCGUUGGUCAGCACUACCAACUGGAGCCUGACCUCGCCAGGGACAACGAGCAUGAGCCUGGCGGAUAUGGCUGUGGUAGAUGACGACAGAAGUGGUGGGAUCAUCCACAAUCAGUUCGUGCAGAUCUUCUUUUACGUAUUGUACGCCACGGUCUUUGUCCUGGGAGUCUUUGGAAAUGUCCUGGUUUGCUAUGUGGUUUUGAGGAAUCGAGCCAUGCAGACGGUAACGAAUAUUUUCAUCACGAAUCUGGCUCUAUCGGAUAUAUUACUCUGCGUCCUGGCGGUGCCAUUUACUCCACUUUACACGUUUAUGGGUCGCUGGGCCUUUGGCAGGAGUUUGUGUCAUUUGGUGUCCUUUGCCCAGGGUUGCAGCAUCUACAUAUCCACGUUGACCCUCACAUCGAUUGCCAUAGAUCGAUACUUCGUGAUCAUCUAUCCGUUCCAUCCACGCAUGAAGCUAUCCACCUGCAUAGGGAUCAUAGUGAGCAUCUGGUUGAUAGCCCUGCUAGCCACCGUUCCUUAUGGGAUGUACAUGAAGAUGACCAAUGAGCUGGUAAAUGGAACGCAAGUUGGCAAUGAGACCCUAGUCGAGGCCACUCUCAUGCUGAACGGUAGUUUUGUGUCCCAGGGAUCCGGUCUCAUUGAUGCUCCAGAUGCCACUUCAGCGGCCCAGGCUUAUAUGCAAGUGAUGACAGCCGGAUCAACGGGUCCGGAGAUGCCCUAUGUGCGGGUGUACUGCGAGGAGAACUGGCCAUCGGAGCAGUACAGGAAGGUGUUUGGAGCCAUCACCACCACACUGCAGUUCGUGUUGCCCUUCUUCAUCAUCUCCAUUUGCUAUGUUUGGAUCUCUGUAAAGCUAAACCAGCGAGCCAGGGCCAAACCUGGAUCAAAAUCAUCGAGAAGGGAGGAGGCGGAUCGGGAUCGCAAAAAGCGCACCAAUCGCAUGCUCAUCGCCAUGGUGGGAGUUUUUGGACUCAGCUGGCUGCCCAUCAAUGUGGUCAACAUAUUCGAUGAUUUCGAUGACAAGUCCAAUGAGUGGCGCUUCUACAUCCUGUUCUUCUUCGUGGCCCAUUCAAUUGCUAUGAGCUCCACCUGCUACAAUCCAUUCCUGUAUGCCUGGUUGAAUGAGAACUUCCGGAAGGAGUUCAAGCACGUCCUCCCAUGCUUUAAUCCGUCAAACAAUAACAUCAUCAACAUCACCAGAGGCUAUAAUCGAAGUGAUCGGAAUACGUGUGGACCGAGAUUGCAUCAUGGCAAGGGAGAUGGUAGAUUGGGAGGUGGCAGUUUGGAUGCCGACGACCAGGACGAGAACGGCAUCACCCAGGAAACAUGUUUGCCCAAAGAAAAGCUGCUGAUUAUCCCAAGGGAGCCAACCUACGGCAAUGGCACUGGUGCCGUGUCACCCAUUCUCAGUGGCCGGGGUAUUAAUGCGGCCUUGGUCCACGGAGGUGACCACCAGAUGCAUCAGCUUCAGCCAUCACAUCAUCAGCAGGUGGAGUUGGCGAGGAGGAUACGCAGAGGAACAGAUGAAACGGAUGGGGAUUAUCUAGACUCUGGCGAUGAGCAGACCGUUGAGGUGCGCUUCAGUGAGACGCCGUUCGUCAGCACGGAUAAUACCACCGGAAUCAGUAUCCUGGAGACCAGCACGAGUCACUGCCAUGACUCGGAUGUGAUGGUCGAGCUGGGUGAAGGAAUCGGUGCAGGAGGCAGAGGAGAACACGGGAGACGAUUCAACUGAGAUAGGAUUUUCGAAACGCAUUUCUAAGCAUCUUCGUGGAUGGACUUUUAUUGAAUUGUACUUUGUAAUUCAAGCCAAAAUAAUGCAGGGAAAUGUCAGCUGGAUCUCGGAAGUCCUUUUGUAAACCGCACUCAACAUGGAUGAGCAGGGGAAAAAUGCUGAUAAAUGGCAAAUCAAGUGACAACAAAAUGGGAAUGGUGGUUGUCUAGCAAUUGGCUGAAACAGCUACACAAGUCAUUGAUAUCAGAUGUAUAUAUAUAUAGAUAUAUAUAUAUGUAUUUUAUGGAUGUGAUUGGGUGGGGUAAUGGAGAAUGUGUGGAGCCUGAGGGCACAACUGCCUCUUUAUACUGCUAUUUUUUGCCGAAUUUUCCGUUGCCAUUCAACUCGCGACAAUUGCUGGGCCAUUUCGCAUAUUUACAAUGCCUCGAAGGGUGAUUCCAGCCGCUCUCCGAAGAACAGUUUGCCUUUGUCGCUUUCAAUUUGUACCUAACAACUGUCAGACAUUUGUCGUUUUUGGUUUGGCUUUCGCCAGUCACACGGAAUUAAAUUUCGAGCGUUGGGUUUUUGGCCCAAUUGUGUGGAAAUAUGUCAACACAAGGCCUCCCACCUCUAACUCGUUUCUGUUUUUCUUUUUUGGCUCUGCAGAACAGAGGAAAAAUAAUUUGCUCGACUUCAAAAAAGCAAACAUUUCCACGGCUGAUGGAGCACUAUGGGGCAAAAAAAAAAAACCAGGCAAGAGUAAGCUGACAUUGAUGAGAUUUGCACGGGCCAACAGAACCGGAUCGCUGAAUUUACGAGUAUUGAACCUGACUGACAGUUCGCAUUGGCCAAAAAAUUCCCUUGCAAACAUUUAACAGAAAAUUUAAAGUCCUUUCCUGCUGAGAUUUAUUUCCGAAUUUGUCACAAGGAAAUAAGGAUUAGCACUUUCUUAUCUUAAAGAGAGAGAAAGCUUUAUUCUUCUUCAAAUUUUCAACUUUCACUAAAAUUCCCGCAAUAUCAGCGCAGUUUAAGGGCAUCAGGUGAGAGUGCAUUUUGCGUGUGUGAGUGUGCAUAAUAAAAUAAGAAACUUGAACUGCUGGCACGACUGCCAGCAGAAAACUGUUUUAUCACGAAAUAUUUCAUAGCUAAUAAAAUGUGUCAGGUCUAAGACAGCCGACGAAGGCAAUUUCUUAUAUGUAAGCUGCUCGACAUGCUUGUAAAGUGUUUUUGGGCAUAGCUAUAGUAAAAAGUAUAUAGAUAAAUCUAAGUAUUAAAGUGUAAGAUUGUCGGCUAAGCGCAUCAAAUGCUUAAACUAAACUGAGUACGGAAAUGGGAUGUGAAAAAAAUAUGUGUAGAUCCAAAACCAAAAGUACGCGAAAUCGUGCUGACCAUGAGCCCCGCUUUUGAAAGUUGAAGUUCAGCUUGAAUUCGACUUUCGGAAGCAUGUCACAUGCUUUGGUGUACUUUUGGUUUUCCAAACUUUGAUCACAUCUUUCCACUGCGUAUACGUAAUUAUAAUUAAUAUAAGUCAGCGUUGAAUAGGGUUAAGGAUGUAUGAGAAUACUCAUUGAUUGAUGGCUAAACUAAAGGUAAUUCAAAAUGGCAUUAAAGUACGAAAUGGGUCUCAGCAAAGUCUUAAGGAACUUAAUUAGGAGCAACCAAUAAAACUUAAAUGAAUUAAAAUAGAAGAAAUUUUAUGAAUUAUUAGCUACAAUUAAAUGUUGGCUGUUGUAUCAAUGUAUUACGAACGAAUAAGUCGCGGAAACUUGGAAAGGCAUUUUUAUAAAUAACGAAAAGGUUAUUAUAUCCGUAGGCUACAUAAAUUAUGAAAUUUAAAUUUAAGAUCAACCCAAAAACUUAAUUAAAGUAAAGUGAAACUCAAGCUAAGAUAAUGGUAAGGAAAUUAUGAAAUAAAGUUAAGUAAGGCUAACAUAAGGAAAAUGUUGUUAAUUCAACACCCACUAGUUAAGGGUUGUGUUUGUAGAACGUAAAUGUUUAAAACGAAAAAAGUGCACAAUUGGGAAUAAAAGAUAGAAAAAAUAUUAAAAAUAUCAAUGUGAGAAGAAUUAAAAAAACAACAGUUAAAUUGCAUGCUAAAAAAUAAAAAAAAUUUCACCAAUGAGACACACAGCUGAGUAUUAAUCUUAAAGUAAAAACUAUACGCAUGUAGCCGAAACCAAAAAAAAAGAUGUUUUAAAAUACGGAUUACCGACACACGAAUAAAUAAUGAAUGUUGAAACAAA